AGACGACAGCCCCACAUAAACGCUACUCCCUGUCUCACUCUACUUCGAGUCGCCUUUAAGUAAGGUCUUGUUGCUUCUUUAAGGACAUCCUAAAAGAAAGAAAAAAGAUGGGCAAAAUCACCUGUGGACCUGUUGUGGAGAUGCUGGGGGAUGAGAUGACCCGCAUCAUCUGGGACCUCAUCAAGGAGAAGCUCAUCUUGCCCUUCCUAGAUGUGGAGCUUCACACCUUUGACCUGGGCAUGGAGAACCGUGAUGCCACAGAUGAUCAGGUCACCAUUGACUGUGCCCAAGCCAUCAAAAAGCACAGUGUGGGCAUCAAGUGUGCCACCAUCACCCCCGAUGAGAAGAGAGUGGAAGAAUUUAAGUUGAAGAAAAUGUGGAAGUCCCCAAAUGGCACCAUCCGCAACAUCCUUGGUGGCACUGUGUUCAGAGAAGCCAUCAUCUGCAAGAACAUCCCUCGCCUUGUGCCAGGCUGGCAGAAGCCUAUUGUCAUUGGUCGUCAUGCACACGCUGAUCAAUACAAAGCAGUGGAUUUCGUGGUACCCGGUGCAGGCAAGCUUGAAAUCAGCUGGACCCCUGCAGCUGGUGGUGAUGCAAUCCACCACAUUAUCCACAAUUUUGAUGCAGCAGGAGUUGCUCUUGGCAUGUUCAACACGGAUGAGUCUAUCAGAGGAUUUGCUCAUGCCUCCAUGGUGUAUGCCCUUGACCGUAAAAUGCCCCUGUACAUGUCCACCAAGAACACCAUCCUCAAGAAAUAUGAUGGACGUUUCAAAGAUAUCUUCCAGGAGAUUUACGACAGUGAGUACAAGGGCAAGUUUGAAGCUGCAGGUAUCUGGUACGAGCACCGCCUGAUUGAUGACAUGGUUGCACAAGCUAUGAAGAGCGAGGGUGGAUUUGUGUGGGCUUGUAAGAACUAUGACGGAGAUGUGCAGUCAGACUCUGUUGCACAAGGCUUUGGAUCACUGGGCAUGAUGACCUCAGUGCUAGUGUGCCCUGAUGGGAGAACUCUGGAGUCUGAGGCUGCCCAUGGCACUGUCACACGCCACUACCGCCAGCACCAGCAGGGGAAGGAGACAUCCACAAACCCUAUUGCUUCCAUCUAUGCUUGGACACGAGGUCUUGCCCACCGUGCAAAGCUGGACAAUAAUGAACCCUUGUCCAAGUUCUGUGCAACACUUGAACAGGUGUGCGUGGAAACCAUUGAGAGUGGAGACAUGACCAAGGACUUGGCCAUAUGUAUCAAGGGAAUGGCUAACAUCACCCGCGGUGACUACCUCAACACCUUUGAGUUCUUGGACAAGCUGGCAGAGAACUUGCAGAAGAAGAUCACUGCUUGACUAUCCUUGCAGGAACAGUCACAUCCUCCUGCUAAGCUCUAAACGCAACAAGACAUUCCCCAUCGCCUUUAAGUCUAACAAUAGAAAUUAUCUCCCAGUGUCCCUAGGGGAUUUUUAUUGAUUCAGGUGCUUUUUAAAAUAUUUUAAACCUGUAUUAGGGACCAGAUAAUAAAUUUAGUAAAUUUUAAA